CCGGGCGGGGCGUGGCGUGUGUUGUGGUUCCCAGCCGGCUGGGCGUGCUUCAGUGACUGCAGACUUUGGUGCGCGAUCCUGCUCGUUUAUUGGAACGUGACAACACGUUGGUUUGAGCAUUGUGACACAUUCGUUUGGGUGUGAAUGGGCCAAAAAUCAGCUCUAGAAUGAGGGUGUUUACGGUUUGACGAAUGAUCAGCGCAUGCUGAAGAACAGUGUUUGAACGGUUCUCAAGUGAAGUAGUCGGACCGCUUGGAUUGGAACAGAAGUCACAAAAGAACUAGCGCAAAGGAUACAUCGUUUAGCGUUCCCAAGGCCAAAAAUCUUGAUGGAUGCUGCCCCGUGGGACAAGAGCUUCAUCGUCGUCUUCUCGACACCACAAGUAAUAUGCUCUUCAUUGUGCCAGUGUUGUAUUUCUUCGUGCCGCAGGCCUUAGCAUCAUGCCCACCACUGCAGUCGGAGACGGUCCGGGUGGUGUGUUGGCUCGGCGAGCGGGCCGUCGACUGCAUGAAGGACCCUGUGCCGCCUGGAACCCUAGCCAGGUUCUUCUGCAUGCCUGGGCAUCAACUCUCGCUGCCCAACAUGCCGCCCGCGAGGUUCCAGUCCCGCUGCGGCAGCGAUAGCGCCUGGAGUAUGCAGCCCUUCAGCUGCCAGCCAGUGACUUGCCCACCGUUGCAGCUUCGGACGGUGGUCGCGGAUUGCACGCUCGCGGGGCAGCCGGUGCCCUGCAAAGAGCAGCCAGUCUCGCCAGGGACCGUCGCCACUUUUAAGUGCAAGCCCGGCCACAAGAUCAAGUUCGGGUAUUCCCGGGACCCGAACUUCCAGUCGCAGUGCGGCACGGACGGGCUGUGGAGCGAAGGGCCCUUUCGAUGCGAACCGGAAUCGAGUGCAAGUGCGGCAACCCCAGCGCCAGUGACGUGCCCACCGCUGGAGUCGAAGACGGUGCUGGCAGAGUGCCGGUUCCAGGGACGGCCCUUCGACUGCACGGCGCGGAGCGUGCCUGCCGGAACCACCGCCAGGUUCCGCUGCAAACCCCUGCACCAGUUCCUGUUCGGCUACCUGCCGGCCUCCAGCUUCGAGUCCCAGUGCGGUGCAGACGGGCAGUGGACUGUGCAGCCCUUCCGAUGCGAGCCCAUCUGCGGGCAGCCCACCGGCAAAGGGAUCAGCUUCAUCCGCGACGGCAACGUGACGGCCUCAGCAGCCGACUUCCCCUGGCACGUGGUCAUCUACGACCUGACCAAGGACCUGCAGCAGAUCUGCGGCGGCACGCUCAUCUCGCCCAAGUACUUCGUGUCCGCUGCUCACUGCUUCCACGAUGGUAAGAAGAUGUCUCCCGAGGCAAUAUACAGAGCAGGCUUUGGGAAGAUCAAGAGGAAUGUCAGCGAACAAGAGCCAAACGAGCAGUACAGAGAGCUGGAGAAGAUUUACAUCAAGGACUACGGUGGCAGCAAAGAACUGUAUUCGAAUGACAUAUCACUCGUGGAGCUCCGAGACGAGGUGGACAUUACUUCCACCACGAUGCCCGUUUGCGUGGACUGGGGCUUGGAGCUGCCCAACCUUCGCCAUGGAGAGCUGGGCGCGGUCGUCGGCUUCGGCGACACUGCGGAGAGAGCGCACGACUCCCUGCGGUUCGCCUUGCUGCCCUUCAUCAAGAGCGCCGAAUGCAAGCGGCACGUCACGGACAGCUUGGCCGUGUACAACAAGCUUCCUGACAAGUUCUGCAUCGGGUUCGUGAACCGCACGACGGUGGCCAAGGGAGACAGUGGGGGCGGCAUCGCCUUCCCGAACGAGGAGCGGGCGUGGUAUCUGCGCGGAGUGGUGUCGCUGGGCAGCUCGCAAGAGACCACCUACUCGUUCUUCACCAACCUCACCACCUUCGUGCCGUGGAUGUCAGGCCUCAUUCAACUCGGAGAGGUGAGCGGCCGGCGCUGCGGCGUGGACGUGAACCAAGCCAGCAUCGUGAGUGGCGCCGCGGCAGGGCAGUUCGACUUCCCCUGGGAGGUGGACGUCUACUACAAGCAGACCUCGAACCACGACUUCGAAAGGCUCACCACCGGGGCUCUUAUUGGUCCCAACCUCAUCAUAACGCGGGCUAAGUCCGUGACUUCCACCGGCCAGCCCAUCGACCUGUCGGAAUACCCGUCGACGUGGCUAAGAGUGACGCCCCGUCGCGAGGCACACUUCAAGAGCCUCGAAAAGGCGAUCAACGUCAGCGAGGUGGUUCGCGGCUUCUUCCCGAGCGACGUGCUCGCCGCUUCAGGCUUGUUCUACAACAUCCUCCUCCUGGAACUGAAGCAGCCCGUGCACCUGAUGCCCGUGUGCUUGGACUGGACUGGCGGUGCGCUGCUCAAAAAGGAGCGCCUCGGAACGGCGCUGUCAGACUACGAGACGGACAACUCGACGUUGUGGACGCGCCUGCCCAUUUUGAACACCACCAGCUGCAAGCAAUUGAGCUCGGCCCAGCCCGGCAGUCACCACGUAUGCACUGUCCAAGAAGGCCCGAAGCAACUGCGAGCCCACAACAGCUUGUACGUGUUCGCCGGCAGCACAUGGUUUCUGCGCGGCGUCGGGUCUGACAGUGUGUCCACACCUGACGGCACCGUCACCGCGUACACUGACAUGAGCGAUCGCGGCGUGCGUCAGUGGCUGUCCAAGACCAGCGACAUGAUCGGCAAGCCCACUUGUGGCAACGUGAAUCUGUGCGAGCCGCUCUCUGCCGGACUCUCGCUGCGCGGACACAUGCCCUGGACGGUGGCCGUGGUGGUGGGCUCUGGAAGCGGCAGCCGCACGGAGUCCGGCAUGCUCAUCCAGCCGAACGCGGUGCUCACAGACAGCGCAGCCGUAGUGAACCUGUCUGGUUGGAACGGUGACGGUAUAGUCCCGACAGUGUCAACAGACUCUAUCGCUGUAUUUUGGACAGCCGCAGACGGUAGCGUUAAGAGAAGCCAGGUGGUCCGUGUGCUCGUACGCGAGGGUGCCGAGGUCGGGAAGGACGGCCGGCCGCUCCUGGACGUGGCGCUGCUCGAGCUGCGUCCGGACCAGGCCGUGCUCGCCACCCCGAUAUGUCUCGACCUCAACGGGAACGUGCUCCAGCCGUUGGCAACCGGGCAGCUGGGCUUGGUCGAGGCGUGGUCCUCCUGGGGUCCUACCAAUCACAGUUUGGUGAGUGUGCCGUUUAUGGGACCAGCGGAGUGCAGCACCCAGCUCCGCCAGUCAUCAAAUCGGUCAAGGGAAUCCAAUGAGUUUUGCACGUCAGCCACCCCCGGCGUUCUGGAUCCGACGGCGGUGCUAGGAGGAGGCUUCUUGGUGUCGUCUGGCAGCCAGUGGUAUCUGCAGGGACUCUACACGGGCUUUGCCCGGCUGCGCCAUCGCACCGUGGGACUGGCGUCUGACUUCCGUGACGAUGCCCUGAAAGGAUGGAUGCGGGAGGAGCUGAGGAAGAUAAAACCCGUGAACUUGAAGUCUCCAGACGACAGUGGGCCGAAGAACUGUGUAGGAGGGCGGCCGACUGCUACUGAGUGCGGCCUGUUCAACUCCAAGGAUGAGCUUCAAGACGAAAACGACUUUCUCUACAAGGCGUCCAGAAACCGCAUGGAGUGGAAUGUCCAGGUGCACGUGUAUCGCAACAACCCCGUGUGGGAGGUUCGUGGGGGCGUUCUCAUUAGGACAUCAAUGGUAGUCACGUCCGCCUUAAACAUGUUCUCGAGGAAAUCAAAUGAGUCGUCGGGCCCCGGAGAAGCCAUCCGAACGAGCAACGUCCUCGUCAAAUACAUUACUGCCGACGGAAGAGGCCCUUUCUCUGUUGAAGUAGAAGUGUGGGAUGACGCCUACUCCAGCCAACGGACUCUGGUUCCUACGCUGUUCCGCACCCUGGGCGCAUGCAGGAUCGCACCUCCUGUAGACUUCCUCAACGCCGAGUUUUGCACCGAACCGACCUCAGUGUCUCGUUUGCGACAGUCAUCUUCCAGUGGCCUGAAGGCGUAUCGAUAUCAACUGGAAUCGUCGAAUCGUCCAACCUAA